AUGGCUACGUCGAUACCCCAGGUCGAUGAGUCGCAGAUCUGCCAAGGCUGUCAAAACGUCUUGCAAGCAAUCCUAGCGACCGUCCAGUCAACGAUACCUGGCAUGGCUCAUGGAAAGACUAGAAUCGUCACAGAUUCGAGUCAUGUCAUGAAGGAGUUGCUAGGGCUCAGCGCUAAACAAGAGCCACUACCUUGCAAGAUGUGCGAGUUCCUCCGCCGCACGCUCACCCCAGAUUCCCCGUUUGCAAACGGUCAAUCCAAUUGGUUGGAAGUCUUUGGGCACCCCAUUAAGACUCUUCUUGGUUCUCACUCAAUUUGCGACGAUGAUCCUGUGAUAUCUGCAGCUCCGGUGCAGAAUGUAGUGCGAUCUUGGUUAUUUCGGCUUGGACAUCGAUACGUCAGGUCUCGCUUCCGACCUGAUGCUUAUUUCUUCGGAGUUUAUGGAUCUGAGGGUUCAAUAUGUGGACAAGAGAAUCUCUUAGGCGACUCUGGAGAAUCCGAACCAACACCAACCCCCAGCUGGAUAGUUUCUGUUGUACCCAUCCCUCCACUUAUCGACUUUACCGUUCUGAGAUCUUGGAUUACCAACUGCCCUCCUGAAUGCAGAUCCCCACGGAGCUGGUCUGAUGCAGAGUGGGACCUCGUUAGCUUGAUCGACUGCGAGACGCGUCGAGUUGAAAAAGCAGCCAAAGGAGCCAGAUUCAUUGCCCUCAGUUACGUAUGGGGGCAACCAACAGAGAAAAACCCUCGUCCAAUCAAGUACCCAAUCCCCUUUCAGCUCCCUGAUCGCUGCACGCCUACCAUUGAGGAUUCGAUACAGGCAACUAGAAAACUCGGCUUUAGAUACCUAUGGGUGGAUGCCUUGUGUAUCAGUGGCGAACAAGAUCUGAUGAUGAAACAGAUAUCUCGCAUGGACUUGAUAUACAGUCGUGCAGACCUCACGAUUAUAGCACUAGCAGGGAAAGAUGCCUCUCAUGGACUUCCAGGCGUUAGCACACCACGUCCCGCGGCAAACCAGAACAAACAAGCCUUGAAAGUCGUUCAAGGCAGCAGUUGCUACACUCUGGCAUCAGCACUGGCUCCUUUGGAGUCAGUUAUUAGUGAUUCUGUUCAUACUACCAGGGGCUGGACCUAUCAAGAAGACUUUCUUUCUACGCAUCAGCUCGUCUUUGCCGAUGACACGGUCUACUUCACAUGCCCAUUUGGCUCCCUACAAGAGUCAGUCGCCAUCCCGUCAGAAGUUGAAGCACUCCUACGACGUCAAGGACCACUGAGCUCGAGAGAAGUGAGUCAGCAGCCAGCGAACCCCGAAUGGUUCUACAAAGGACCUGAUUUCGUCGUUCAUCCAAAGAAGAAAGUGAAAUCGACCGGAUCUAGCUUUCUGGAAGUCUUUCAUCACCAUGUCGAGGAAUACACCCGUCGAAACCUAUCCUUUGACGGAGAUAGCUUGCAUGCAUUCCAAGCGGUUCUCGCACGUUUCUCUUUCCAUGGCUUACUCCAUCUUUGUGGCGUUCCUUUUGAUGAGAACAAGGAUACCGGGAAGGAUCCCCUGCCUACUAUCCCAGUCUCGCUGAAUAAAGCACAUGGCAAGAUGUCGAACCAGGACUUUGGUACUGGUCUUACUUGGGUUCACAUGGACUAUGCUAUCAAGAGGCGUUCUCACCUUCCUUCUUGGACAUGGGCUGGAUGGGAGGGCCCGGUGUCUUGGGAGGGAGGAUGUAAGCCUCUGAAAUCAGUGAAAAGGCCCAGAUUCUUCGUGCUGGAUAAAACUCGGGGAGAAGCAUUGAACAAUGCAGAUUUGUUGGUUCGGGCUGAAUAUUGGGCAGUGAGAAGAGAACAUGCAAAUGAGCCCGCGUAUCUCGUUGUGCAGACAAGCACUUGGGUUCAAGUCAAGCUUGAGAGAGAAAGGCCAACUAAGUCAAUGAGAUGGACUUUUCGUAUACACCAAGGGGAGAAGGAAGGCGGCGAAGAGAACAUUCUCUUCGCCAGUAUUUCGACAGCAGAAGGAGAACAGGCAAUGCUUGGUCAGAGAAGGCUGGCAGCGUUCCACGUGGCAGAGAAUCGUGAAUCAACAACCUGGCUAAUCAUAUGGGAAACGGGUCGGCAAGCUGGCGGAAAACUCAACAUUCACUUACGAUCAUCCCCUGCUCUAUGUCUUCCUCCAUGCCUCGCGCUACGCAUCCUAGACAACCCUCCUUCCCGUGUACAUCUUAGACUCACACACAGAGGUCAUAAUAUUAUAAUUGGGUGCUCGAGCGCGCUGCCCAUCAGUGUGACCUCUUUCAUGCGCGAGUGUCCGCAGCGUCUCUCCAAAUUUGUGCCAAUCAUUCAACCUGUUAGCACUAUUGUCCAUGUCCAUCCAUCAUACGCAGUCUCAGGCAAGCCAUUGAAAAAUGACGCCGUCAAAAUCCAAGCGUAA